AUGAAAUUCAUCAAGAUCUUCCUUGUGUUUUCCGUAUUCGUGGCUCUAACCGUUACUAAAACUCUUUCUAACACCUUAUUGAAACAAAAUCCAUUCGAUAGUGAUGAAAAUGACGACAAUACUGCCUUAAAUGAAGCCUACGAUUAUAUUCCUGUCAAAAAUGAUGGUAAAGAACCAACCUCUCUCCAAGGAGCAAGACGAAUUCUAGUACAAAAAUAUCGGCCUUCGGUGAUGACAUGUGACAAGUACCCCAGAGUUUGUCGUACCAAAGGUAGCUCGGGACCUGAUUGUUGCAAGAAGAAGUGUGUGAACGUGACAAUUGACAAGAACAACUGUGGAAAAUGUGGAAAGAAGUCUAAUUAUUCACCAAAGACAUACAUCAACAAACCCUUGUCAAGUUAUCUUCCUAGCACCACUAAAAAGGUGAUGAAUGUCAUCGAUUCAUGCUGGCGCACCAAGUCUAAUUGGAUCACAAAUCGUCAAGCACUCGCUGAUUGCGCAGUAGGGUUUGGAAAAUCUGCAAUGGGAGGGAAGAAUGGAGCAAUUUAUAUAGUUACCAGUCCGGCUGAUGAUCCAGCAAACCCUAAACCGGGAACUCUUCGGUAUGGUGUUAUCCAAACAAAACCUUUGUGGAUCAUUUUCAGCAGGGAUAUGGUGAUCACGCUCAAGAAUGAACUUAUUGUGAAUAGUUAUAAGACUAUUGAUGGAAGGGGAGCUAGAGUUGAGAUUUCUAAUGGACCUUGUAUUACAAUUCAAUAUGUUAGUCAUGUGAUUAUUCAUGGGAUUAGCAUUCAUCAUUGUAAACCCGGGAAGGCGGGCAUGGUUAGGAGCAGCACUAGCCAUGUCGGACGUCGACGAGGCUCUGAUGGAGAUGGGAUUAGCAUUUUUGGUUCUUCAAACAUUUGGAUCGAUCAUUGCUUCAUUUCUCAUUGCACUGAUGGUUUGAUCGAUAUAAUUCAUGCUUCGACCGCCAUUACUAUCUCGAAUAAUUACAUGACCGAUCACGAUAAAGUAAUGUUGCUCGGACACAGUGAUGGAUAUAGUGCAGACAAGGCAAUGAAAGUUACAAUUGUGUUCAACCAUUUUGGUUUGGGACUUAUUGAAAGGAUGCCAAGGGUGAGAUUUGGGUAUGCUCAUGUUGCAAACAAUAGAUAUGAUGAAUGGCAAAUGUAUGCAAUUGGUGGUAGUGCUAACCCUACCAUCUUCAGUGAAGGAAAUCACUUCAUAGCUCCUAAUAAUCCUGAUUCCAAAGAGGUGACAAAAAGAGAGGCUGGAGGUUGGAAGAAAUGGAAAUGGAGAACAUCAAAGGAUGUGUUUAGUGGUGCUUUCUUUGUUCCAUCUGGUUAUGGA